AUGAUGGAAAACGACCAUAUACAGAUUACUCCCGCUGAGAUGAAGGCUAUUGCCAGCAUCGUUGCCAAGGACCAGGCUGCCAUCGACAAGGCCUACGCCGAGGGUCUUUACAUUGGCGGCGUGCGCCACGUCUUGACCAGAGUCGACGACGACAUCUACGCCCGAGCUGGCCGUGAUGGUGUUGCCAUUACUGCCGCCAAGUCCUGCAUCGUCAUCGGCCUCCACAGCGAGACCCAGGUCGCUGGAAACGCCACCUCUGUCGUCGCCGCCCUCGCAGACCACCUCAAGAAGACCGGCUACUAA